AAGAAGGAAACGGAAAUGACGCAAAGACGCAGAGUCUUUAUAUCCUGACAUUAUCGCGCGCUUACAGCUCAAACCUCUGAGUUGCAGCGAGAAGAGAGUCUGCGUACUUCACUCUGCUAGCUAACAACACAAACUGCUGAACUCUUGGAGCAGUUUAUCUCUCUAACUCGGUGAAAACUGAAGCUGUAGCCUCCAUUUUGAAGGAGUGACGCGAAAACUUCUCCAUUUCUUUGACUUUACGCAGACUCAAAACUCCACAGUAACCAUGUUUGAGGCUCGCCUGGUCCAGGGAUCCAUCCUGAAGAAGGUUCUGGAGGCUCUCAAAGAUCUGAUCACGGAGGCUUGCUGGGAUGUGAGCUCGUCUGGGAUCUCCCUGCAGAGCAUGGACUCCUCUCACGUCUCUCUGGUCCAGCUCACUCUGAGGCACGACGGCUUCGACUCUUACCGCUGCGACAGAAACCUCGCUAUGGGAGUCAACCUCACCAGGUGUGUAAACAUUAACACUCAAAGGCAGCAAAUUAUAGGUCGAUAUUAAAGUGAUGAUGAGUUUGGUUCCAUUACUGCAGAUUUAAAAUGCCUCAGUUUUUCUUCAAUGAUGUAGAAGUCUAACCUGCAGCCGACAAAGAGGGAGAGAGAGGCCAUCUUGGCGGAAUUGCCCGGGCAUGUCUCUCUGCCGGGUCAAAGUUAACUCUUUAGUGUCUGUGCCAAUUAAAACUAUCUUAACAUAAUAUCUAACAAGUGUGAGCGGAUCUGUAAUGAGAGCAGUGUUGUUUGAUGUGGGUAAAUGACACCUGUUACAGCUCGACAGGCAGCGGGGACCAUUGUGAUUAUGCAGCAACGUCAUUUUAGCGCCAAAUUCAGUCCAGGAAGAGUUGGCGGGAAUUUUCGGACCCGGGAACUUUCUAUUUCCGGUUUCCUAUUGAUGCUCUUUGUGAUGAUGCAUCUGCUAAAUGAGAAUAGUUUCUCAGAUUAAAAGUUGUCGAAUCUAUUUUAAGCAUUUUCAACUUUCAGUUAUCGACUUCAUCUUCGACAUUUUAGUCACUUUCUCGCUCUAAGGGUUUUACAUUCUCUCUGUAAUUUGACUGAGGAACAGAGUCAGGCCUCCAAUACAGAUCUCAUUGACCAUGAACGACAAUUUGCACAAUUAUACCAAUAAGAUUAGAUUUUAGUUUUGAUUUCUAAUCAAAUAUCUAAUCAAAAAAUCGAAGGCACUAUAUGUAUUUUCCUAUGGAGUGGAAGGUGGAUCAUCUGCCAUAGCAAACUUGUUUCAGUAUUUAAAUUAAUAUUUUCCCUCUUUUUUUUUUUUCUUGUUUUUAACAGCAUGUCCAAAAUUCUGAAGUGUGCAGGAAAUGAAGACAUCAUCACCCUCAGAGCAGAAGACAAUGCAGACACACUGGCGCUUGUGUUUGAGACUCUCAGUAAGUGCACUUUGAAUAUUUGUGUAAAAGGAGAAAGUUUUUCUGUUUUCCCAGAGGUGUUUUCUUAUUUCCGUCCUUGUCUCUCACUCAGACCAGGAGAAAGUCUCUGAUUAUGAGAUGAAGUUGAUGGACCUGGAUGUAGAGCAGCUGGGUAUUCCAGUAAGUCACCUAUAUCUGGUCUUUUCCACUUAAUGUAAGUCCUUCACAUGUACAUGUUCUUAACCUCCUCUCCUCUUUACCCUUUCAGGAGCAGGAGUACAGCUGUGUGGUCAAGAUGCCAUCUGGGGAGUUUGCUCGUAUCUGCCGUGACCUGUCCCAGAUCGGUGAUGCCGUCAUGAUCUCCUGCGCCAAGGAUGGAGUCAAGUUUUCUGCCACCGGAGAGCUGGGCACAGGAAACAUCAAACUGUCCCAGACCAGCAACGUUGACAAAGAGGAGGAGGCAGUAAGUGAUUUAGAUUAUUUUUAAGGUGCCAGUUGUCGGUCUGUAACAUAGGCACAUUUUGCACAAAUAUUUGAUUUCACUCACUUCUCAGCCUUAUGUUGCAUCUGUUACAAAUAUUCUGUCUCUUAUCUGCUUUAGGUCAGUGUUGAGAUGAAUGAACCUGUCCAGCUGAUCUUUGCUCUCAACUACCUGAACUUCUUCACCAAGGCCACACCGCUGUCCAAGACAGUCACCCUCAGCAUGUCAGCUGAUAUCCCCCUCGGUAAAAACACUUUACUGGUUUUAUUAAGUUUAUCUUGUCACAUCGAUUAAAGAUGUGCCUCACAUGACCGAAUCAAUUUUCUUGUCUUUUUCCAGUGGUGGAGUACAAGAUUGCUGAUAUGGGACACGUCAAAUACUACUUGGCACCGAAAAUUGAUGAAGAGGCUUCUUAGGUUGUUUUAUAUCUGAACCAAAAAGGGAGAAUAGAGAAAAUCAGUCAACUGGGACUCUUUGUUGGUGAUCUGAGGAUACCUCCUGGUGUUUGGUGAUCACUGUGCGGUUUCUGAUGUCUUCCUGUUUUAUGAGAUUCACUGCAGGAGAUGUCCUGUGAUCUUGACUUCCAGUCAGCCGUAUGAGUGGUGAAGCUGAGUGCUUCGACCCUGAUAGUUCUGAGCGGCUGGUUGAGGUCAAAACCGCCCAGAAUUACAUUCAGCACUUGGUCACUCCACUUCUGUGUUUGUCUCUAUUUGUUCCCAUUUUGGAAAAAGCAUAAUUCAAGGUUCCCGUUCUUUCUUGUAGAUAACGCAUUUGUAAAUACGUUGUGGUUUCGCACUGUCAGCCGACACAAAAUGUUUUUGUACUCAUUAAUUCAGUCCAAAAUAAAUGAUUCAAGUUGUUUCCAAUUUAA